ACAGAUGUUAAGUUUUGGUGUCCGUUUUAGUAGCCUAGGCUAAAUAGUUAACCAAUUUACCUAAUGUUCUUGAAAACUAUUAUACCAUGUCAUCGAGUCAGUAUUGCUGAUGCAAAGUAGGCCCUUUGUUACCAAACACCAAGUAACUAAAUUAGGAUACAAUUAUGAGUCAUUUGCAAACUGUUAAACAUUAAACUGUUGGUUACUUUAAAGGUGCCAUAGAAUUGAAAAUUGAAUUUACAUUGGCAUAGUUGAAUAAUAAGAGUUCUAUACAUGGAAAUGACAUACAGUGAGCCUCAAACACCAUUGUUUCCUCCUUCUUAUGUAACUCUCAUUCGUGCAAAAGACCACUGAAAAACAGGCGAAUCUAAACAUAACACCGACUGUGAUGCAACAGUCGGGAUCAUUACUAUCUACGCCAGUAUUAACAUUGUGGAGCUGCACAGCCAAAUCAUCAGAAGUUAUGCAGAUGUGAAGACAGUAUCAUUAAUGGAGGGAGAUUCUGUCACUUUAAACACUGAAGUACAGAAAUACAUGUUGAUACAGUGGAUGUUCGGAAGCACUCGAAUAGCUGAAAUCGACAGACUCACACAAACCAACUCGACAUAUGAUGAGAGAUUCAGAGACAGACUGAAGCUGGAUCAGACCGGAUCUCUGACCAUCACAAACACCAGAACCACAGACUCUGGACUUUAUAAAGUAAUAGUUAUCAGCAAAGAGACCAGUUACAUGAGUUUCAAUGUUACCGUCUAUGAAUCUCCACAAAGUACUUUAUCACCAGAGAGAUCAUUGUCCAGCUGUGCGGUAAAUAAUUUAACCGUCAACCAAACUGAGGAUGCCAACGUUACAGAACUCCAUCAGCCAUGUUCAGACUACAUCCACUGUUGUGGUUCUACUGAAGCCAUGAUCCGAUUGGUUCUCUCUGCUCUGGUGGGCGUGGCUACUGUUGCUUUUCUUGUUUAUGACGUCAGAUCUACAAGAAGUGAACUGAACAGGAUGGAAGAGAGUAGAUAUCACCAUCUGAUCCAUGGAGUAAAAUCAGACCAUCAGUAUGAAAUGAGCAGAAGUUUUAGUUCCAGAUAUGUUUGCUGAAGUUUGAUGGUAUAAUGCCAGAGAUAAAACACGCAUUAAUAUUUCCUGCACUCCCAGGUGAAAAAAAAAGUACAUUUCUAUAAUGUACUUAAAGUGCUCUAUUUUCGUGCACUAAUUUUGUACUUAAUAUACUACAAAGUCUUCUUUAGUACUUCUGAAGAUAAUCUUAAGAACAUCUAAGUGUACU